AUGGCGAUGGAUUCUUGCUCUUAUAAACACACUGCCAAACAUGUGCUAAUGGCAUUUGGAUUAUUUGCACUCGGGAUCAUGCUGGGACAUUUUACAAGCAGGACCAACGUUGAUACAAUCAAAGAAACAGCUUCUCUAUCUAGACAAAGGCGAAGCACUCACGCUCCCUGCAAGUUUACUACAGUACAAACACAGGCUGGGAGAAAUUUCGACGCGCGCUAUUCAAAGAACGUUCUUUCUAAAAAGCACGCGUGUGUAAACUCCCGCAAGGAAUGUUUGGGAUUUGGUCUUCCUAGAAAUUAUAAUGCUUAUCAUCUUGACAUGAAGUCAAUAUUAAUUGACGGGAAAGUUGAUGACGAUGCAUGGACAGAGGUACCUUGGAGCGAGUUGUUUGUCGAUAUUCGCAGUGAAGUAUACCCAAAACCUAUCUAUGAUACUAAAUUCAAAUUGAGAUGGGAUGACAAUAAUCUGUAUUUUGCCGCUGUCCUACAGGACAAUCAUUUAUGGGCAACUAAAACAUCAAACGACUCCGAGCUAUGGAGCGAAAAUAGCUUCAGUUUACUUAUAGCUGCAGAUGACAGUCUUUUCAACUACAAGCAAAUAGAUGUUAAUGUUUUAGGCACAGUAACGGACUUAUUGAUGAAGAAAUCAUAUUACGAUGCUCCAGGGCAAUUAGUGCACAACCUGAAGUGGGAUUCUAAUGCUACAGUUGGCGUGUACACACCAGGAACAAUUAACACACCUGGUGACAGGGAUCAAUACUGGUCUGUUGAAAUUUCAGUCCCGUUCGAAACUUUGGCUAUUAUGACGAAUCGUGUGGAACAAGCUCCAAAUAACAACGAAGUUUGGUUCUUGCAGUUGGCAAGAACACAGCAUGUACUUCGUUUGACUAAGGACGGACAAUAUGAGAUAGUACCAAAUAUCUCAGGCAAAUGGUGGGCGUGGCAACCAAGUGGUGCAAUUAAUCUACACUUACAAGACCGUUGGGGUUUAGUGCAAUUUAAGAGAACCAAUACAGAUAGAAAAUUCGAGUUCCAAAAUUGGCACAUCUAUAAAGCUUUGUUCGAUGUCCUUGAGGCUAUGAAGGUAUUCAAAGCAAAAAAUGGCGUGUACGCAAGUACUCUGGAGGAACUAGACAUUCCACCGUAUCUGCUUUCUCACACAUGCGUAGAUGUACCGGAAAUAAGUAUGAGAGAGAAUAGAAGUCAAGCUGAUUUCGAUAUAAAUGUUCGAUCUAUGGUAUUUGAUUUCCCUCCUGCGUACAUACGAUCCGAUAAAUUUGUUACGAUGUGGUAAUUUAGGAAGGAAUUCCCUUUUAAUAUAUUUAGAAUAUGUCUUAGACAAGUUACCUACAAACGCUAAAACGAGAAGACAUAGCGUAUAUUAAAUCCUUCAUUUUGAUUCAAUGAAAUCAUUGACUUACAAAUAAUCUUAAGGCACUCUAUCAUGUACUUUAUGC